CUGAGGGCUUAUAGCUGCUAGUCCCUGCUUCAGUCUUAGUAUGCUGUGAUUGACUGAAAUCUUGCUGUUAUUGUAUAGUUGAUUUUUUUUAAAAAAAGAGGAAUCAGUAGGAUAUGAGAGUGUCGUGAAUGUUACCAUACAUGUAGGUUUAUCCAACAACAAAACAUUAACAUUAUAUUUCAGGUACUUGUUUCUAUUGAUUUUAUAUUGUGAAUGCACUUAUGGUAACUUUUACUAUAAAUAUUUUUGUUAUAAACGACAGAAGCAUCCUUCCAGAAUGACAGAGAACCAGCCACACAGCAGUAUUCAGAUAUCAGAACCAAGUACCAAUGGCUUCCCUUGGAAAAAACUGUCCUCUAUAGAAAAGCAAAAGUUUCCUGCAGAAGCCACUGUGACCUUUCACAACAUCUGCUACAGAGUGAAAGUGAAGAGUGGCUUUUUAUGUUGUCAAAAAGCUGUUACUAAAGAAAUUUUGAAAGAUAUCAAUGGGAUUAUGAGACCUGGCCUUAAUGCAAUUUUGGGACCCACUGGCAGUGGCAAAUCUUCGCUAUUGGAUAUCUUAGCUGCAAGGAAAGAUCCUCACGGACUCUCUGGAGAGAUUUUGAUAAAUGGAGCUCCUCGGCCUGCCAAUUUUAAAUGCAUCUCUGGAUAUGUGGUACAGAAUGAUGUGGUUAUGGGGACCCUGACAGUGAGAGAAAAUUUUGAGUUCUCAGCUGCACUCCGUUUGCCAAGUACUGUGGCUGAACAGGAAAAGAAGGAACGAGUGAAGCAAAUCAUCAGGGAACUGGAUUUGGCCAAAGUGGCAGAUUCCAAGGUUGGCACCCUGUUUAUUCGUGGUGUAUCUGGGGGAGAGAGAAAAAGGACCAAUAUUGGAAUGGAACUCAUUACUGACCCUGCAGUCUUGUUCUUAGAUGAACCAACUACUGGACUAGAUGCCAGCACUGCCAAUGCUGUCUUGCUGCUCCUGAAAAGGAUGUCAAGUCAGGGGAAAACGAUUAUCUUUUCACUCCAUCAGCCCCGGUACUCCAUAUUCAGAUUGUUUGAUAGCCUGACGUUACUGGCUGCAGGAAGCCUGUUGUACCACGGCCCUGCUCGGAAUGCUCUGCAGUACUUCAAAUCUAUUGGUUAUGAAUGCGAGCCAUACAACAAUCCUGCUGAUUUUUUUCUGGAUAUCAUUAAUGGAGACUCAACUGCUGUGACACUCAGCAAAUCAGAAUCUGUCAGUCAAUGCAAUUUAUCAGAAACCAUUGAAGAGGUCGGUGGUGAUAAGACUAUUGCUGAGAAAUUAGCGGAGCUGUUUUCCAGUUCCCCUUAUUACAAAGAAACAAAAGCAGAAUUAGAGAAGCUGUCUUUGGAAAAUAAAAGGAAGAUGAGUGCAGAUUUCCAACAAAUCACAUACAGCACUUCCUUCUUUCACCAGCUAAAGUGGGUGUCCAGACGCACAUUUAAAAACUUGAUCUAUAACCCACAAAGCUCCAUGGCCCAGCUGUGUAUUACAACCGGUCUGGGAGUAGUUGUAGGAGCCAUUUUCUCUGGAAUAAAAAAUGAUUCCAGUGGCAUUCAGAACAGAGUUGGUGCUUUAUUCUUUUUGACCACCAAUCAGUGUUUGAGCAGUGUUACAACUAUUGAACUCUUUGUCACAGAAAAAAAGAUAUUUAUACAUGAAUAUAUCAGUGGUUACUACAGAGUAUCUGCAUAUUUUUUCUCAAAGAUAAUGGCUGAUCUGAUACCCAUGAGGACUUUACCAAGCAUCAUCUUCACCUCUAUAAAUUAUUUCUUAAUAGGUUUCAAGCCAACAAUUGGGGCGUUCUUUAUCAUGAUGGUUACCCUUAUACUAGUCGCCCACACAGCCAGUUCUAUGGCUCUGGCUGUAGCAACGGGACAAGAUAUUGUGGCUGUCGCUAAUCUCCUCAUAAAUAUUUGCUUUGUUUUUAUGAUUAUUUUCUCUGGCUUGCUGGUAAAUCUCACAAGCAUCGAAUCCUGGCUUGUCUGGCUGAACUAUUUCAGCAUCCCUCGCUACGGCCUGACAGCUUUGCAAAUUAAUGAAUUUACAGGUCUAAACUUUUGCCAGAAUGCCAAUGUGACUGGGGUCAAUGUAAGUUGCAUCACUUCUAGUCCUUUUACAAUCUGCACUGGAGAAGAAUAUUUGAAAAUGCAAGGCAUUGAAGUGUCUGCUUGGGGCAUGUGGAGGAAUUAUGUGGCUCUUCUAUGCAUGACACUCAUCUUCCUUACAAUUGCAUAUUUGAAACUGCGCUUCCUGAAGAAGUUCUCUUAAUUCAGAUGAGUUAACAAGCAUCUAGUAUAACACAAUGCAAGGUAGUUUUGAUAGCGAAUGGACUAAAAAUGUUUAACAUUUUCAAAGAUUAAAGAUUUUGAUAACUGUGUUCAGUUUUUACUGAUACUGCUUGCUACUGAGCUAUAUCUUUUACAAAGGUCUCAUGUGCAUGAAGACAGCAGAGGAUUGUUGACAGCUUAUAAUUUAGGCCUGGGAUUUCCAGGGACCACAGAAUGCUGUAGAAGCCCCAGAUCAGCAGUAAGGGAGAUGUAAACAGAGAAGCAACUUUGACAUCGUAAGGCUUAGUGUGCAUUAUUGAUCGUGGCAGACAGCUAGCUGAAGAAAGCACUUGAAAAAAUAUCUGAACAGGUCUACCUAGAAAUGUAAAUAUAUAGUUUAAAAAACUAUAUAAAGUGAAGUUGGAUGAGAAUUUAGUUUUCUUAUCUAAUUAGCAGAGGCUUCUCCUUCAUGCAGCAGGGCAGGGCAGUAAGUGAAACUGACUAGGCCUUCAGUUUCCUUUUGGUUCCACCAAACAGGAGCAUCAGUGUGGUCCUG